CCCACCGCCGUCUUUUUACUAUAAUCUCGCGUUAAACAGCGAGAUUUGCAGAAGCCGGUUUGGCGCAGCCAGCGGACCGUGAAUAGCGGCUAAUAAAUGCGUUUUAAUGCAAAAAGCCGAAGAAUUUGAACCGUUUCUGACAAUUUUAUCUUUUUUUCCGCUGAGACUCAGAAUCUGUUCGGUUUAAACUCGCUUUAAGGCUUUUUAUCGGCCGCUGGAGGCGCUGACAGCCCGGAUUAUUAUCCCACUAACGGGUCGUUUUUAUCCGAUUCGGUCCACUGAGGAGGCGUUCUGAGGACCGAACCAGAACCGAACCGGUUCCGUUCAGGGAUUGUGAGCAGCUGAUCCGGGUCAGAGGAACGGUUCUGGUCAAUAUCCUAGAAGCCAAGCCACGUUAUUGUUGCCGCGGAUGGAGGGACAUGUGACGUGGUGCUAGUCCGUCGGUCCGGUUCUACUCGUCCCGCAGCGGUUCGGCCCGGUUCCACCGGAACCUCAUGAUCCCGCAGCAGGGAACCCGUGUGCUCGCCGGCGUGUUCUGCCAGUGUCGGUCCGCGGAGACCCACGCUGGCGUGGACCCGGGCGGAGGGUGUGGGCCCCCUCCGGUCAGCCCGCAGCCCGCCUCCCAGGACUCCCGGUCCGGUUCGGAGGUUCUGGACCAGCCGUGCGACGUGUGCGGCUGUCCGGACCCGGAGCACCGGAUGAAGGUUCUGUUCCAGAUCCUGGACGUGAACGGGGACGGAGGGAUCUGCGUGAACGACCUGACCAUCGGGCUGAAGAAGCUGGGAGUCCACCGAACCGAGCACGACCUGCGGAAAAUAGUCAAAGCUGGAGACAAAGACCUGGACGGGCAGCUGGACUUUGAGGAGUUCGUUCAUUACCUCCGAGACCACGAGAAGAAGCUGCGGCUCGUCUUCAAGAGUCUGGACAAGAAGAACGACGGCCGCAUCGACUUGCAGGAGAUCAUGCAGUUCCUGCGAGACCUGGAGAUAAACAUCUCAGAGGAACAGGCUGAGGAGAUCCUCAGAAGAACACGGACCGGGUUCAUCUGGACCCCGGUCCUGUACAUGGAUAAGAACGGCACCAUGACCAUCGACUGGGACGAGUGGAGAGAUUACCACCUGCUGCACCCGGCCGGCAACAUCCCAGAGAUCAUCCUGCACUGGAAGCACUCCACGAUCCUGGACGUCGGCGAGAGCAUCAUCGUCCCCGACGAGUUCACCGCCGAGGAGAAGAAAACCGGCAUGUGGUGGCGCCACCUGGUGGCCGGAGGCGGCGCCGGAGCCGUGUCCCGGACCUGCACGGCGCCGCUGGACAGGCUUAAAGUUCUGAUGCAGGUCCACGCCUCCAAGAGCAACAGCAUGCGGAUGGCCGGCGGCUUCCUGCAGAUGAUCCGGGAGGGCGGCGUCCGCUCGCUGUGGCGCGGCAACGGCAUCAACGUCAUCAAGAUCGCCCCCGAGUCCGCCAUCAAGUUCAUGGCCUACGAGCAGAUCAAGCGGCUCAUCGGCAGCAACCAGGAGACGCUGGGGAUCGCUGAGCGCUUCGUUUCCGGGUCGCUGGCCGGCGCCAUCGCCCAGAGCAGCAUCUACCCCAUGGAGGUUCUGAAGACCCGGCUGGCGCUGAGGAAGACGGGUCAGUACUCGGGCAUCGCGGACUGUGCCAGACACAUGCUGCGUCAGGAGGGCAUGGCGGCGUUCUACAAAGGCUACGUUCCCAACAUGCUGGGCAUCAUCCCCUACGCCGGCAUCGACCUGGCCGUCUACGAGACCUUGAAGAACUCGUGGCUGCAGCGGUUCGCCACAGACAGCGCCGACCCGGGCGUCUUCGUGCUCCUGGCCUGCGGUACCACCUCCAGCACCUGCGGACAACUGGCGAGCUACCCGCUGGCGCUGGUCCGGACCCGGAUGCAGGCGCAAGCCUCCCUGCAGGGCGGGCCCCAGAUGACCAUGACGGCUCUGUUCCGGCACAUCGUGCAGACGGAGGGAGCGCUGGGCCUCUACCGGGGCCUGGCGCCCAACUUCAUGAAGGUCAUCCCGUCCGUCAGCAUCAGCUACGUGGUCUACGAGCACCUGAAGAUCACGCUGGGGGUCCAGUCCAGGUGA